AUGUCGUCGCUUCUUCCUGAUGAGUACUUGCCGUACUUGAACUUGCUUCCUGACAUCCACAAGGUGGCCAAUUUGUUCAUGACAUUCACGCCGGUAUUUUCAUAUGGAACGACAUGUUGGGGCAUAUAUAGAAAACAGACUUCCAUGGGUUUUUCCAUCGAUAUCUGUGCCACCAUGCUUAUGGCGUCCAUUCUAAGAAUCAACUACUACGUGAUCUCGCCCUACGAAGUCACCUUGCUUCGUCAGUCUAUCAUGAUGGUGUUGAGCCAGUGCGUUUUGCUCAAGGUGCUGUUGGCCUAUCGGCCAGCUAACUACGAUCCAGACUUUCUUACUCCAAUGCCUGUCUUUAGAAACGAACUCAAUGCCUUUAUGCCCCGCAGAAUGUCUGCCAGUUUCCCUGCGGAACAUGAGAGCUACUACGUGGACAACUCGUUGACCAAAUCAGCCCAACUUAUCAUCAACGAUAUCGUCAAAUGGAGUAAAUGUUACGUAAUCACCAUCUUCAACCAGUCGCUCAAGUUCUUUGACGUCUACUAUCAGCGUCCACUCAGAUUUUGGCAAUGGAAGGAAGAACAGUACUACUGGCGGUUUUUAGCACAGUUCGUAGUCGUAUUUGCUGUGCUAACAGCUGUCUUCCAUAACAGCACGCCCUAUGGUCAGUUUGUAGGCAUUCUGGGCUUGUUCAUAGAAUCGCUACUCCCACUCCCCCAGAUCCUACUCCUCAACCGUUUGCAGUCUGUGAAGAACUUCAAGAUCAUCUUGCUCUUGAGUUGGUUAGGUGGUGAUUGUAUCAAAUUGAGCUACUUGUUCUUUGGAGCUGAAAACGUGUCGAUAAUUUUUAUAUUCGCCGGUCUAUUCCAAAUGAGCUUAGAUAUCUACAUCGCCUUUCAAUACGUACACUACAAAUACCAUGGUACUGACAGUGAUAUUCUGGAAGUCGUGUCUUCUGGUUCAAGAGACCUUAACUAUUUAGUGGAAGAGUUGGUCAAGCACGACGUCGAAUCCAUACCAAUGGCUCAAAUGGUAUAG